AUGUGGAUUCUGCAGGUUUAAAAUCAAAAAUUCAAAUUGGUUUCUUUCAUCUUUACUGUAUAUUCUGCAGAAAUGCCCCACUACGAUGAUAACUAUGAAAAGAAUUCCGGAAUUUGAUUAAUUUCACAUUUUAAUUAUCAUUUAUUAUGCUUAUCACUUAACCAAUCUCUUCUCAUGGUCAACAUGUCAUAAAGGUCAAAAAGCUUCGAAAUUUGUCGUCGUAGAUAGCAUAGCAUUCUCCCUAUCUCUUUAAGGCAACGAUGACAUCAAAUUGGGAUGUAAAAUUCGCGCUACCGAAAAGGUACAAAGGAAGUGAAAAAAGUGUUUGGGUUGAAUAUAUACAAUUAGCACUUGAUUACAAACCAAUAUGUAAUCUGGGACAAGGUUUUCCGGAUUAUCCACCACCAAAGUAUGUAACUGAAGCGUUAGCCCAAGUAGCUAGUAGCAAAAACUGUUUAUUACAUCAAUACACAAGAGGUUUUGGUCAUCCCCGAUUGGUAAAUGCUAUUGCAAAAUUAUACUCGAAACUGGUAGGACGCAAUUUGAAUCCGAAUACGGAAGUUUUAAUAACCGCUGGUGCAUGUGAAGCUUUAUAUUCCACUAUAGUGGGCCAUGUAGAUGAAGGGGAUGAAGUUAUCAUUGUUGAACCAUUUUACGACUGCUAUGAGGCAAUGGUUAAAUCAUCAGGGGGUGUAUGUCGAUUUAUUCCUUUAAGAUCCAAACAUAAUGACACAAGUUUAUCUACAUCCGCAGAUUGGGUUUUUGAUCCAGAAGAACUUAAAAAUAUGUUCAAUGAAAAAACAAAAUUGUUCAUUUUGAAUAAUCCCAAUAAUCCUCUAGGUAAAGUAUACAAAAGAGAGGAACUAGAAAUGAUUGCUGAUUUAUGUAAAAAGUGGAAUGUCCUAUGUGUAUCUGAUGAAGUGUAUGAGUGGAUAGUUUAUAAACCUAACCAACAUAUUCGCAUAGCAACUCUACCUGGAAUGUGGGAACGAACAAUCACAAUUGGUUCAGCUGGUAAAACCUUUAGCGUAACAGGAUGGAAACUUGGUUGGGCAUAUGGACCUGCAAAUCUUAUGUUAAAUUUACAGAUGGUCCAUCAAAAUUGCGUUUACACAGGGACAACACCAAUUCAAGAAGCUGUUGCAAUUUCAUUUGAAAAAGAACUGCCUCGCUUGGAUUCAGAUGAAUGUUUCUUCAAUUAUUUACCAAAAGAAUUGGAAAGUAAGAGAGAUUUGAUGAUAAGUGCUCUUAUUGAAGCUGAUAUGAAGCCUGUGAUACCAGAGGGUGGUUACUUCAUGGUGACUGAUUGGUCUCCCAUUGCAACAAAAGUGAAUCUCAAUAGUGAACAGGAUAAAUAUCCAGAUUAUAGAUUCACAAAGUGGAUGACAAAGAAUCUCGGACUACAAGGAAUUCCAGUUACAGCCUUUUACAGUGAACCCCACAAACAUCUUGCCAAAAACUUUGUGAGAUAUUGUUUCAUAAAAAGAGAUGAUAAUAUCAAGAAGGCAGCAGAUAUUUUGAGAAAAUGGAAAGCCACUUUGAAAUCACAUCUGUGAUCACCUCUGGGGUGUAUAAAUUAUUUUUGAAAAAUAAAGACUUUCCCUUUUAUGACCUUAUUUCAAUUAAAACUAAGUUUGUAUAUCAGAUUGUUCACAUAAUAAACGUCUGAUACAGGUGUCCAAAUUAGAAUUCCUUAUCUA